AUGAAGAUAACCCUCCUCUUGACAACCCUAAUCGUCUCCGCGACAGCCGCAACCUACAAGCCCGUCAGCGCCCCUCCCUGCAAGGAAUAUGAAGUCUAUGAAGAGUGCGGGUCUGCGUGCCACCCGACCUGCGAGACAGUCGGGGAAGAGCCGACUGUCUGCACGCUGCAGUGUGUGAGCGGGUGUUAUUGUCAGGAAGGCUUGUUCAGGACGGCGGUA